AUGGACCACUUACCCAAAAUAGAAGGGCCUACGCGUAGCCCAUUACUUCGGGUGCCGCACUUGGCGCUGCAGGAGUACGACAGAGGCGAUUUCUACCGCUAUCCUUCCCGGAGGUACUUCGAUCCCGACAUAACGGAGACAGAUACAGCUGGUUGGACAGACGAAAAGGGGUACGAUUUACACCAACGCACCGGGAUCUUCCAGGAGUGGCUUUUCUUUGGUGUCAUAAACGAAGCUUUCGCGGCUGUCGGCGUGCCGGUGCUCCAGGCAGACUUUGUUGACGGCCCCCACGUCACGACGAAAAAUCUGGUAGACUACUUCAGGAACUUUGCAGAAGGGCUCCUGAAACUUCCAAAAGAAGCGCAGAAGUCGGCGGUCCAGCGUAUCGAGCGGUGUCUCACGAUCGCAAUCCGAUAUGCAUGCUUUCGGCCGCCCGGCGCCAUGGCCGUUUCACUAGCUGCCUGUCCUGACCGUUGGCCCAUCGCCUUGUCCAUCACGAGUCUUGUGGAAAGCAUGAUGAUUCUGCCGUUCGUGCCCUGGAGCGAGGGAUUUCUGAAGGCCAUCAGUGACCAGCGGUUGUCGCAUGCUUCUGGGCUCGUGACGCGGCGGCCGCCUGGAAGAAUGGAGGAGAUUCUGGUAAACGAAAUGAUCAACGUGGGCUGGUGUCGGAACCAGAUCGCCGCUUUCCCAUCCAUGGAUGCCAGUACGGCGUACUACUUUACCAGACUGCCGCCUGUCAGGAAGCGAGAUCAUUCCCGUUGCACUGCCCGCCUCUGCCUGUGCGACCAGCUCCAGGGUGACUACAAGCCCCAGCAUACCCCACAGUGUACCGGAGAUUCCUGCACGUUUCUCGGAGUCACGCUAGACGAACUCGACCAUAUCAUCCAGAACAACCGUCUUCCGAUAAUCAAGUUGGAGGAACAGCCCGGAGGAGAGGUCAGUCUCAAGUUGGUUCCCCGAGAGCCGUCGGAACGCUACUUGGCACUAUCGCACGUAUGGAGCCACGGCCUGGGAAACCCGAAAUCGAACGCUCUCCCGAAGUGCCAGGUCUUCCGCUUACUGAGCUUGCUCAGGCAAUUCGACACGGAGUGGCAGAUGGCCGGACUCUGGAUGGACACCAUCUGCGUCCCCGUGUCCGGCCCCUCGCGGACGCUCUCCAUCCGGCGCAUGGGCACCACCUACCGCGACGCCAGCGCCGUCCUCGUGCUGGACGAAGACCUGCAACGCGUCGGCAGCAGCGGUGGCGGCGUACCCGUCGUCGUCGACCCGGUAGAGCGGGCGGUCCGCCUCGGCAGCUCGACGUGGCAGCGGCGGCUGUGGACGCUGCAGGAAGCCAGCCUCAACGAACCCGAGCUCGUCAUCUUCCAGUUCGGCGACGGGCCGCUCGCGCUCGACCGGCUCGUCCAGGACUGCCUCACGUGCGAGCCGGCCUGCCUCGUCAGCACGCUGCCCACCAAGGCGCACGACCCGCUCCUCCACCUCGGCAUCCCGGCCCACUUCCGCGCUUAUGCUCGCGACGGUCCGGCUGGGUUUGCCGAUUUCGAGGGCGAGUCGCCCCUCUCAGCCAUCUUUCUGAUCCUCCUCGAGACGCUGGCGCGCCGCACGACCAGCCGCGCGGCUGACGAGCCCGUCUGCGUGGCGACGAUCGUGGAUGCGGAUCCGGGGUUUUUGCUUGAUGAAUCGGAUGCCGAGCGGCGGAUGGAGGUGUUUCUCAAGCACCUUCCGCGCGUGCCGCAGGACUUGCUGUUCCUCGGCGGGCCCAAGUUCGCGGACACGCCUGGCAUGGGCUGGGCGCCCACGUCCUUCUUGGGGAAGGCGGGCUUCGCGUUCGUGAGGUACAAGUGGUCGACGCUGACGCCGGAGGGUCUCCCGGUCGAGGCUGAUGGCGUUGUUCUUGUGGUGAAGGGAGGGAGCACUACAGCAGCAGAUGUGGGAGUGUCUUUGCGGGACACGGCGGUGGCUCUGAAGGUGGAGGGCCACCGCCCCUGGAGGAGCUAUCGUCUGCGGAACUGCACCGUCGUUGACGAGCAGGAUGAAGAGCCUAUUGAUUUGCUGGCCGUCCAAUGCCCGGCUUUGAUUUUCCGGGAAGAUGUGGCGGCUGAGAAGGCUGAUUUUAUGGCUUGCUUGGUUGAUAUUGUUGAUGGCGGGGUCAAUGCUGAAGAUCCGAUCGUUGCCCGUUUCUGCGCGCUUGUCUCGCUGAACAGAGAUGAAGAAAUUGGUACAGAAAAUCUUCACCACGGGAUCUGCUUUGGGAGGGAACGCGCCUGGAUUGUCGGAUAG